UUUAGUGGUGGUAAAGAUGAAAUUAUCCCGUUAAAAAAUUAGAAAAAAAUAUGUUAGCUCUAAAAAUGAAUUUUCUAGCAUUUUUAUUCAGUGCUUUUAAUAUCUUUGGAAAUAAGUCUUUUUUUUUGUCAUCAACUUAUACAUACUCAUAUAGACUCUGUAAACCAAAUUGGGAGAUAUUGAUCCAUGUGAACGACGAAAGACGGUUGCUUCCUGAUACUGCGUGCUAGGCUAUCCGCUGUUGAAUUUUGCGUUCUUGGUACAUGGAUUAUCUCUGAAUGGAUGAAACUUUAUUUCAGGACUUUAAUAUCUUCCAAAUAACUUGCAAAAGUUGGUCAUUCUUCUAGUUCUGAAACCAUCUUCACCUAUUGAGAACAAUCCGUUGCAAAUGUAACCUGAAAUUGACGUAAGUUCCUCAUGCAUUUCAUUGCCCAGAGAGUAGUGCUUGCGUCUCCGCAUGAAGAGGAGAUAGACUAACCCGAACAUUUCUCUCCCCCAUCAGCCCAUCAAAUCCUUCUAAAGUACUGAGCCAACCCUGUCCGGAGUAAAUAACAUUCUCUUUCCAGAAACCAUCUGUAAAACACCAUCUUCCUGGAAUUGACGGUAAAGUCGUAACCUCUACGUGUGAUACUGUCCUCUGUUCACUCACUAUCUGUGCCUUAGCCCAGAGUGUUGAUUCUGUUUCUGCCAAUUUGAGUGUAUCCCUAGGAUCAAUGUCCAAAUUACUAAAAACUUUAUUAUUUCUUUAUUUCCAAAUGUACCAUAGUAUCCAUGCAAACUGAUGAUCAUCUAACUGCGGGAAAACCCUCCAGAAAAGAUGAUCCAUGUUUGUAAAGAGAGCAUGAUUAUUGCGGCGCUCUUAAGGGGGGUUCUUAGCGGAAUAUAAGAACUCGUCUCUUAACUUUUAACUUUUAACUAAAAAAGCUAAUGCCUAAUUUCUUAAACAAAAAACUAAAGUCACAACUGCAACCAAUCAAAGCCACAUUUGUUUUACUAAAAGUGACAACUGAAUAAAUUAAUUGUUAGUGGAUUUGUUAGCAGAAAACUUAAGAAGAUAAUGAUGUUCUUCCCCCAUAUUAUAUACUAAAUUGAUGGUAAUAAGCUUAGCUUACUUGUAUUAGGCAGCACUUGUCUUCGAUUUCUUGGUGGAAUAGGACAAUAUUUAAUUAGCUUCUCUUACUUUUUGUUGGGAGAAUUCGUCUGAACUAUUUUAUAGCUUAUUUAGCCUCAUUUUUGAGGUCAUUUCUUAUAUCCGACCCUUACAGAUAUUAUUAUGUUCUACUCGUCCCUUGAAUCGUUUGUUUGCUUCUUUAGUGAAUCGGUCACUGUUUUGUUAUCAUCCAUUUUUUAAUACUUCUCCACCUGCUCCGUAGGAACUCGCUCUCUUGUUUUACUAGUAUUUCUGAAGAUCCUUGAAUUAGCAAAAAUAUAUUUUCCUGAAAUCAAUCAUUUUGUGCACAUUUGGUCUUAUUUGGUGAAUCGUUUCCACUUGCUAUGAAUUGACGAUGCGGGUUGUUUCACGUUGUUCUCCUCACACCUUUUGUUUAAGAAUUGCACCACACAAUAAUAGCGACUAAGUGAGUGUGACAUUCCAUGCUCUAUCCUUGUUCUACCAAAUUGUAUACUUGAUGUCUUCGCCAACAUCACCCUCUCUUUUUUUUUUGGUAAACAACGUGAUAUCAGGUCAGAGGAGAAUGGUAAACUGACAAUUAUCACAUCAUAAGACUUUGUGAUAUCAGGUCAGAGGAGAAUGGUAAACUGACAAUGAUUAGAUAAAAUUGUGUGGACAGAAAAAUUGUGUGUUUAUGUCGACCAAAAUGUUGAUUUUGAGUUGCAAAGGUUCGUAGGAAAGAGAUUGUAUCCACCUUAUGUAAUGGCUAAUCAAGAAUAAGAUAACUUCUUUACUAUAGAUAUUUGGAUGGUGGUUCUUGGAUCUAUUUAAAUCAUGGUGUAGCAGUUGGUAUUACUUUGUCAUCCCUGGCUACUAUUUAAGUUACUAUGAUACCCAAACUCAUUAUCCCCCACUCUCAACAUUCAUAUAGUCUUUACUCUCUAAAAAAACUUCUGAAAUGGCAGCAAAUGAUGUCCCUUGCUGUGAACCUAUGUUCUGGUUUUACCUUACUGCAUGUUUUGGUCUAGUUGCUUUCGCAGGUUUAAUGUCAGGACUGACCCUUGGUCUUAUGUCCCUUAGUCUCGUCGAACUUGAGGUCAUAGCUAAGGCUGGUGAACCCAACGACCGCAGAAACGCUGAAAAGAUCCUGCCACUCGUUAAGAACCAGCAUCUUCUGCUGUGUACACUCCUCAUAGGCAAUGCUUUGGCGAUGGAGGCUCUACCAGUCUUUGUUGAUUCCCUGCUUCCAGCUUGGGGCUCUGUUCUGAUAUCUGUGACUCUCAUACUUGCAUUUGGCGAGAUUAUACCUCAAGCUGUAUGCUCUCGAUACGGGCUAAGCAUCGGAGCAAAGCUAUCGAUUUUGGUUAGAUUUAUUGUCAUAGUCUUCUUUCCGCUAGCUUAUCCAAUCAGCAAGCUACUCGAUUUAUUGCUUGGAAGAAGACAUUCUACACUUUUCAGACGAGCAGAGCUCAAGUCAUUUGUGUUUAUGCAUGGAAACGAGGCAGGAAAAGGCGGGGAACUAACUCACGAUGAAACAACAAUCAUAUCAGGAGCUCUCGACAUGUCUCACAAGAGUGCCAAAGACGCAAUGACAUCAGUCUCCAAGAUAUUCUCACUUGAUAUCAACUCCAGGCUCGACGAAAAGACAAUGGGACUAAUAGCAAGUGAAGGCCAUAGCCGAAUCCCUGUAUACUCGGUGGAUCCUACUGUUAUCAUCGGAUAUAUUCUUGUCAAGAACUUGAUCAAAGUCCGUCCUGAAGAUGAGACACCGAUCAGAGAUCUCCCCAUCAGAAGAAUGCCUAGGGUCAAUUUGAAUCUACCUCUCUACGACAUCCUCAACAUCUUCCAAACAGGUCGAAGCCACAUGGCUGCUGUCGUUGGGACUAAGAACUGUACCAAUACCAACACUCCUGUCCAUGACAAGAGCAUCAAUGGAACGGAUAAUAAAGAUGGAAAUGUUGUUUUGAGCAUUCCUGUGAUGAACUCAAGUGAAGUUAAUCAUCAGAGUCCAAUCCGAUACAUUGAUAGCAUUGCUGAUGAAGAUGAAGAAGUCAUCGGCAUAAUAACUCUAGAAGAUGUCAUGGAGGAACUCAUACAGGAAGAAAUAUUUGAUGAGACAGACCGGUAUGUCGAAGUUCAUAAGAGGAUAACAAUAAACAUGCCAAUAGCUGGGAACUCGAAUCCACAUUCGCCGGGAACUGCCACGUGGAUUUCGGAGCUAACAUCUCCUAUCUCGCCGUAUCGCUCAAGUCCACUGUCGCCUAACAUCAUGAUCUCUACGCUGCUCCGGUCACCGAUAAACUCACCUUACCGUCAGUCUCCGUUUCUCAGGCCUACACUCUAUGCUUCACCGUCACAGCCUCCUUCGGUGCUCUCUCCGGACAGCAAUGAUCGUUAUUACUAUUUGUCUCCUAGUAGGGUGGGGAAAACGUACGCGAAGCUACCAAGAUCAACUGGUUCGUAAAACGAAACGGUAGAUCUUAUUAAAAAUGUAUUUAAGUGAAGCAAAAUAUAUUAGUAACAAGAUUCAAAAGACUUUCUUGUCGAUCAUUUUUCAAGAUUUAGGUGAAUCUUUUAUAUGCAUGUGAA